AUGGUCAAGCUCUUCUGUGCGGUCGUUGGUGUGGCGGGAAGCGCGGUCCCCAUCACCAUUGAUGAGAGUGAGACGGUGGAUGACCUGAAGAAGGCGAUCAAGGAGGAGAAUAAGAAUGAAAUCCGGUGUGAUGCCAAAGAUCUGCGACUCUUCCUGACGAAGACGGACGACGGCGAGUGGCUGAAGUCGAAGAAUCUGCUCCGAAUGCGGAAAGGGGAGAUCCCCAGUGAAGUUGAGAGCUACUACAAGAACGAGGAAUUAGAAGAUCCGACGGACAAGAUCCGCUCAAUUUUUCCCAGCACAAUCCCCGACAGAACGAUCCACGUGCUGGUGUAUUUCUUUACCGUUAUAUCCACUUCACCCAACAUCACCAACAACUUGCUACCCACCAACCAGAUUCGAACGAAGAAAAGCAGAGUGAGCGUGGAUGAUUUAAUGAAGAACGCCAAGUUGUUCUUAGAUAAGGACAAGGGUGGAGAUGGUAGCAUGGUGCUUAUUUUUCGCACAAAGGUGGAGGUUAAGGAGCUUCCUCCCUUCAAUUUGGUGCUGAAUUAUGGCACGAAUUAUCACACGUUUGAUGCUGAAAGCCAGGAGUUUAUCAAGUUGAACGACAGUGAUGUAUCUUUGCUUCAGGGCCGGAACAAUGUGAUUCGACUCAUCGAGGGGACUUCAUCGGAGCUUGCGGGUUGGCAUGGAAUUUCGAUUCUAUUUGCGUCACCAGGAUAUAAAGGCAUAAACGAUUUGUCAAAAGUCGACACAUUGAGGUUCGUCUUCAUCAAGUCCGAGGAAUUAAAUACAGAAGAUCUGGAUCAUGCCAUUGCUUCACGCAAUGCUCUGAAGGUUAUCUCGUACGCCAAAAGCAAGUCAGCUGUGCGAGAAGAUAACUAUAGCCACCGCGUGCUUCAGAUGGUACCUAGCAAAACCGAUUUCCGAACAAAGUUCUACUUUGACUUUUUGUCUAACCAUAUAGCCGAGACGAUCAUUGACCAAUUGGACCAAGAAAUUCUCCAGAAAGUAUCCGAAUUCGCGGUUGCGCACGAUGGUGAUGACUCGGGAAGUACAUCCGUGCUUCGGGGCAAGAUUUAUGCGUUGCUGUGUCAUAAAUGGUUUAGCCUGCCUAAGCAACACAACCUGGUGCUUUGUCCGUUGGGUGAUGAACAUGCCUCCGUUGACGUUGACGUUUCCAUGCCUUGA